UUAAAGCGUGAUAACUUUGGGAUUGGGAUUUACUUUAUUUACGGCGGAAAACAUUUUAAUUGCAGUGCAUAUAUGUUUUAAAACUUUAAUUUGUGAAUUUUAGGUAUGUCACUUAAAUUAUUGCAAUUAUUUGUUAGUACAUUGAGAAAUAACCUGCCCAGACAUCCUAUUAAACCAGGUCUCCAACUUCGUUUUACAACAGCUAUGGACGCGGUAGCCAUUGAUACGACUCCAAAAGAUAAAAAUAGAGAUAUAGUCAGUAAUAAAAACAUGACAAGAUAUAAAAGGCGUUAUAUGAAAAGACAAUGGGAGGAUUUGGCGACGAGCAAAGAAGAAGGGGAAUCAGCUGAGAAGAAAUCUUGUGAAAGGAUUAAAAGGAAAAAAGUAGCUUUAUUACUUGGCUAUUGUGGAGUGGACUACUUUGGCAUGCAAAGGAAUCCUGGAGUGCAAACAAUUGAAGAAGACUUGUUCAAGGCUCUCCUAGAUGCAAAAUAUAUCACGGAAGAUGACUUCAAGAGCCAACAGAACAUACAGUUUCAACGGAGCUCACGGACAGACAAAGGAGUCUCGGCAGCUAGACAGGUUGUGUCUUUAAAGCUACCCUUAGAAGCAGAUAUUGAAGAAAUAAAUAAGAGAUUGCCAGAAUGUAUAAGAAUAUUUGGCCUAAAAAGGGUCACAAACAGAUUCAACUCAAAAGUGAAGUGCAACGCUCGAACAUAUAGCUAUACUCUUCCAACAUACGCGUUUGAGCCCAGUCUCGAUACUGAGGAAGAGAGAAAGGGAUAUAGGAUAUCAAAAGAGAAACUAGAACAAGUUAAUAAAGUUUUAAGUGUUUAUAAUGGAACUAAAAGUUAUCACAAUUUUACGGAGAAAAAGCAUCACACCGACCCCUCAGCGUCGCGGUACAUGAUGGGUUUCAGCAUAGAGAAAGUGUUUGUUGAAUCUGAUAUGGAAUUCGCCGUUUUAUUAGUUAAGGGUCAAAGCUUCAUGUUGCACCAAAUCAGAAAGAUGGUGGGCCUGAUGAUCGCAGUGGUCAGAGGUCACGCAGACGAGGGUGUUAUGGAGAAGGCCUUCGGAAAAGAUAAGGUCAUGAUACCGACUGCACCAGGAUUGGGGUUGGUUUUGGAUAUGGUACACUAUGACAGGUACGAUGCUAAAUUUAAAGUGAGCCACGAAAGUCUGACAUGGGAACCGCUAGAGGACACAAUACAAAAAUUCAAACACGAAUACAUAUAUCCUAAUAUAGUCAAAGGAGAAAUUGAGGGGAAUUCCAUGGGUGCGUGGCUGGAAAAACUCAAAACGCAUUCUUAUGAGCCGUCCGAUGACGUCACAGACGAGAAAGCGACGGAAGAUGCCGAGAAAGAGAUAGCAGACGAUGAUGACGAUUGUGAGGAAAAAGAAGAGAUCGAUGAUGAAGCGGAGAAAGAACUAAAUGGGGUGGAGAACAGUGAAAAGAAAGAGUUUGUAUAGUUACAGAUUUAGCAUUGACAUAGAUUAAUCUAGUUCCCUUCUAAAGUAUGAAUUAAAAUGAUAAUUAGUUAACUGAAAGAACAUGCGAGGAACUCGAUUCAAGAAAUCUGAUUGAAAAAGCCCUAGAGUUUAAUGCGCCGUUAAAAAAUAAUAAGGCUCCCUAGGGAACCUAAUGCAAUGUUUUAGGAUCCCUUGCGGUUAAGAAGGUCGUGUCGUCGUGUAAAACCUGACUCACCCAAUCCAGUUUCAUGGUCUCAUCGGUCUCUCGGACCCCGAGCUAGUCUCCAGAGAAUUGAGGACUCAAACCGGGAAUAAUACAUGACGAAAUAUGUUUGCAUCAAGUCUUAGUAAAUUUGCAUUAGUAAUGCGUUUAGAACAUUAUAGAAGGAUUACUUUAUUACAAUUAGGACGGCCAUUGUGGCGCAGUGGCAGUACGCUUGUCUGUGACAGGGGUACCGGGUUCGAAUCCCGGUCAGGGCAUGAUGAGAAAAGAACUUUUUCUGAUUGGCCUGGGUCUUGGAUGUUUAUCUAUAUAAGUAUUUAUUAUAAAAUAUAAUAUUGUUGAGUUAGUAUCUCGUUACACAAGUCUCGCACUAACUUCGGGGCUAACUCAAUCUAUGUAAUUUGUCCCAUAUAUAUUUAUUUACUUACUAUUGUCAUCCAAUUUUUUUAUUACCUUUGGUAAACUAUAAUAUAUGUAUAUAAAAAAAGAUAAUGACUGGAGAAAAAAUAACGCCGCUACAGCUAGUACUUAUGUAAGUUUUAUUUUAUCAAAAAUUAUAAUUAGGCUAUAAUUAGCUAAGUUAACUUUUUCCUUAUUUAUGUUUUAUAAUAUUUCUCCUUUGCUGGCAAAAAUAUAUUUUUUAGAUUAAUGAAUGAUCACAAAUAAUUCAUCUGGCAUGAGUUUGACUAAGUACAAUAUCUUUUUAGUUUUGGUUAUGUGCAAGAAUUUAAAAACAAAACCAAAAAAGUUAACUUAGCGAAUUGCGAGACCGUGCCUUCAUCAUGCCUUUUCAGUUUUAAUAAAUGAUAUGUAUGCAAUCAGAUUAAAGUGCACUUGAAAUAUAUAGGAAUUAUCUUGACAUUAGAUUAAGGUAAAAUUAUCUUGAUACCUAUUAAAAAUAUUUAUAAGAAAAUUAAUAAAGCUUCAAUCUUAAACCCGUAGGUUUAAUUUG